AUGGCGAUAUGUGGAUGUCUCAGAAAGUUCUGGAAGGCACACACGUUAUGGCUGCCGUUGCUGAUUCCAGUUUUGGCGGCCCCGCUUCCUCUGUUGGGUCAGACCUCAGUGGCGAAAUGUGGUUUCUGUGUGAUUGUGAUUGGCGUCUACUGGGUCACAGAGGUCAUUCCAUUGGCCGUGACCUCACUGCUGCCGGUUGUACUGUUUCCGGUGUUCGGGGUGAUGACUGCAAGAGAUGUUUGCCGGGCCUACGUUCAGGACACCCUGAUGCUCUUCCUGGGCAGUCUGAUCGUGGCAGUAGCUGUGGAGAAGUGGAACCUCCACAAACGCUUGGCUCUGAGAACCUUAACUCUGGUUGGAACAGAUGCCAAGUGGCUGCUGCUCGGUGUGAUGUUGCCCACCUGGUUCCUCUCCAUGUGGAUGAGCAACACGGCCACCACAGCCAUGAUGAUGCCCAUAGUCACGGCCAUAUUGCUACAGGUCAAAGAGUCCCAGCUGCAGGAUGUCGGAGCUGAAGGGUUGGAUAGUAAUUACCUGGAGAUGAAAGAAACAAUGAAAGCUGAAAUGAAUCAAGAGAGUGCAAUAUCAAACAGAGCAGAAAAAGAGAAGAAAUUCUUGGGAUUCGCCAAGACGUUUUCUUUAGCAGUUGCUUUCAGUUCCAACAUCGGCGGUAUGGCCACACUAACUGGGACACCGCCUAAUGUUAUCUUCAAAGGCAUUGCCGACAGUCUGUACACAAAACUUGACGCCAACAACCCAGUGGACUUUGCCAACUGGUUGAUCGUGGGAAUGCCACUGGCAGUUAUCCUCUUUGUAUUUCUCUGGGUUUGGAUGCAGCUCUACUCCGAAGGAUUUAGGUGUCUGCAGUUCUGGAAAAAGGAUUCCACAUCGUAUGAAAAAGUCCGCACAUUCCCAGAGAUAAUGGUACUGAUAAAAUUCAUCGUUCUGGCUAUACUUUGGGUUUCGAGAAAGCCCGGCUUUGUUCCAGGCUGGAGCGAUCUAUUUUUGCCGGGGUAUGUCGGAGACUCAACUCCGGCUAUCGCCAUAUCCAUUCUUUUGUUCGUCUUGCCUGCCAAAUCCCCCGCCAAAAUGUGGAUGUCACAGACCAAGCCCGCGGACAUCUUUGGCGACAAUGACAAGGACACGGUUUACGAGCCUCUGCUCGACUGGGCAACGGUCAACAGAAGGAUGGCUUGGGGCGUGUUGCUUCUGAUGGGCGGUGGCUUUGCCAUGGCUGAGGCUUGCCAGGUGUCAGGCCUGUCCUCGUGGGUCUCCGAGAACAUGGAGAGCCUGGCGUCUCUACCUGUGUGGGUCACCGCCCUGCUGCUCUCCGUGAUCGUUGCUGGAAUUACGCAGGUCACCAGCAAUGCGGCUACAACUACACUCUUUGUCCCCAUUGUAGGCGAUCUAGCUCUGAAGAUGGGAAUUCACCCCUUGUAUUUCAUGAUUCCGUGUACUAUUUCCUCCUCGCUGGCGUUCUUGUUACCAGUAGCAACGCCGCCUAAUGCUAUAGUAUUUGCUGCGGGAUAUCUACAUGUUAAAGACAUGGUGUUAGCUGGCCUUCCUAUAAAUAUAUUGGCCAUCAUUAUACUGAACCUGGCACUCAACUCGUGGGUGUCCACCCUGUACGAUCUUUCAAGUGUAUCAGGCGGUCUCCUCAACAGUACCGGCAAUGCAUCUAUACUUUACAGCAAUGGAUACCACAAUUUGUUCAAUACCACAGUGUUUCCUGUCAAUGGAUCUGCUUAUUGA